AUGAGCGCGGGGCCCCUCGAAACCUUUGAGGCUCCUACGCCUGUCUGGGGCAUGAACAUCGCCUCGCGUAUUAUUCGCAGGGCCGAGGAGACGUGCACUUCGGAUAAUGCGAACAUGUGUGAAAAGCCCGUCGGCUCAAGGACACCCACCAUUGCUAUUAUUCUUGGUAUUGUAAUUCCUGUCGUGGGUAUCACGUUUGUGUUGCUCUACCUUCACCGUAAAAAUGUUGCCAAGUUCAAGAAGGAGGAUCAAGACGACCCGCACAAGGAGCUUGAUUUCGGCCUUGGUGAUAAGAAUCCCGGUGUGAAAGCAGGUUUGCGAAGAAGUAUAUUUGGCGUUGGUGAAAAAGCAACCCAUAAGCACCAGCUCUCUAUGGAUAUGGACAUGUCGACCCCGUACCUAUUGCCUCCUCAAUUACAAACCUCUCGCGAAUCUCUGCACUCGCUUGCCCGCUCCAUGAAGAACACGGAAGAUCCUUACCGGCCCGUUCAGUAUGCUGGGAGCGAUGUUGGCUCGCUACGAUCGGUACAGCGUGGACCGGGAGGCGAGAUGGCCUCGCUGUAUUCGGCCUCUAUCCGAUCCGGUGGUACAAGGGAUUUUGGCCCCAAUAGACAGAACUCACUCCCUCGCCCGGCGCCCGCAGCGGAUCCCUUCCAGCGAAAGCCUAUGCCUAGCGCAGACGGAAGCAUGUCGCCCACGUCAAUCAUGUCGUCAGAUGCUUUCCGGCCUGGGCAUGGGUCUGCCCUUGGCCGCAAACCCUCAGCUCCUUAUCCUGACGAGAAGUUUGCCAUGAAUGAAUCCGACGUCGUCGAAAUGCCCGAUAGCCAGCCCAGGGCCCUCGGAUCCCCUCCCAACCCACCCAAGCUGGAUGUGGCACUCCCCGCCCCAGACACCCAAACCUCUCUUCCAGGCCAAUUCGCCUCACCCAUGUCGGCAACGAUCGAGACGGCUGAGCCAGCCGCACCAGCGAAUUAUCACGGAGGCUUUGACUUUGGUGACGCGAACGCGUCGCGCGGCAUGAGUGCCGGUGAUGAGUUUAUUGGUACCGCACACUCAUCACCACCCCCACAGCAAGCGAAUCUCUAUGAGGGCGCCCAGCAGCCGCAGGAGAGCUUCGUUGCCGACGGCAGUCAUGGCUAUGACAACUACAAUAGUCCCCAGGAUUACCAGCAAGAAGGCCCUAUGGACUACGAGUUUGAGCCCAGGGCCGCAGCGCCCACCAUCAUGGAGACGGAAGAUCCGGAGCAUCGGGCGAACCGGAUCCGAUCCUUCUAUAAGGAAUACUUUGACGACCAAGCCCCCGCCUCUCAUCCUCCCGUGCCGGAGAUUCCUCCGCAAGCGGCAGAGCGACGUGCAGUCCCUCCCGGUCCCCAGCCCCAGCGCGCCCAGACGAAUGAAUAUUACGAGGACUAUGAUGGUGCCUACCUCGAGAACACAUUCUUUGAUCCCGGAUCGAACACGUUCGUCAUGCCCUACGCGCAGCCUGUUCAUCGCCGCGCGAUGACGCCUCCCCCAAGAGCCCCCGACACCGAGGCCCUCCUCCGCCAAGGGGUGUACAUGGCUCCAUCGGCGGUAUGA